ACGAUCUAGCAGGAGAAGGCAGCAGCGACGACUAAUAGUGUAAGCAAAGCAUAAGUUUAGUGAUCAUCACAGCAAAUAAUUAAGCAGAGGGAUCGAUCGAGAUGACAAUGAGGCCGGUCAUCCUUGUUGCCCUGGCCGCGGUGCUGACUGCUGGUGUCAUGCUUGAAGGGGGUGCCGAGGCCGCCGGGGAGUGCGGGAGGUCCUCCCCGGACCGGAUGGCGCUGCGAAUGGCGCCGUGCAUCUCGGCGGCGGACGACCCGAACUCCGCACCUACGAGUAGCUGCUGCUCGGCUGUGCACACCAUCGGCAAGAGCCCCAGUUGCCUGUGCGCCGUCAUGCUCUCCAACACGGCCAACAUGGCCGGAAUCAAGCCGGAGGUCGCGAUCACCAUUCCCAAACGCUGCAACAUGGCCGACCGCCCCAUUGGCUACAAGUGCGGAGAUUACACGCUGCCCUGAUAAGCUAAGCUAUGCAUGCUACGGAUCAAGAUGAAUAUAUGGCGCCGUGGAAGGCUUAAUAAUCUGUGUGGCAAUAAGCGAGUCCUGCAUACGGGUACCGCUCACGUCGGGCGGGCUGUCGUACGUAGUAACAUCGUUACGCGCGUGUGUGCUUGUGGGAAUAUGUUCCCAACCGUAUAUCAUGUUUCGUUUGUGCUUUUUCGAAAAAAAAAAUGUUUCGUUUGUGCUAAAUAAGAGUGAACGUCUCUUUGUUCUAUAA